CGGAUAAACAGGAAGCGGGCGGUAGAGGCCGGAGAGGAGCCGCCGGGGCCAGGAGAGCAAACAGUGGAGGGGUUGAGACUGUCGGGAGGGCACACGGGGGGCUAACGGAGGACCAAGACGAGCCUUGGCUUUUUGCUUCCAGGGAACAAGAGCUUGCCGCCUCGCUGUCUGCUGAGGCUUCCGGCUCCCUUGCUUAGGCGGAGGCUCCGGCUGACAAAGGGCUCGCGCUGGUGCCGCCGCCCUUCUCAUCCGGGCACUCGGGCCCCUGCGGAGCGAGGGGGAGGGGAAGCGCGGCGGGGGCGCGCGCUCGGCGCCGAGGGGCCCUUGGCGGGGCUGCGGGGCUGCAGCCCAACCGACGGAGGCCCGAGAGGACCCGCCGAGGUGGCGGCGGCCGGGGGCAGGAGGAUGGUGCAAAAGGACAGCCAGGCGACGCUGGAAGAGCGAGAGAGCGAGCUCAGCUCCAACCCUGCCGCCUCCGCAGGGACGUCGCUGGAGCCGCCGGCAGCUCCAGCCCCUGGAGAAGACAGCCCAGCCGGGGCCGGGGCAGCGGCGGGGGCAGGGGCGGCCGCAGGGGCUCGGAGGUUCCUGUGUGGCGUGGUGGAAGGAUUUUAUGGAAGACCUUGGGUUAUGGAACAGAGGAAAGAACUCUUCAGAAGGCUGCAGAAAUGGGAAUUAAAUACCUACUUAUAUGCCCCAAAAGAUGACUACAAACAUAGAAUGUUUUGGCGAGAAAUGUAUUCAGUAGAAGAAGCUGAGCAACUUAUGACUCUCAUCUCUGCUGCCCGGGAAUAUGAGAUCGAGUUCAUCUACGCUAUCUCACCUGGAUUAGACAUCACCUUUUCCAACCCCAAAGAAGUCUCUACACUAAAGCGCAAACUGGACCAGGUUUCUCAGUUUGGGUGCAGGUCAUUUGCCCUGCUUUUUGAUGAUAUUGACCAUAAUAUGUGUGCAGCAGACAAGGAGGUGUUCAGUUCUUUUGCUCAUGCUCAGAUCUCCAUCACAAAUGAAAUUUAUCAGUACCUAGGAGAGCCAGAAACUUUCCUCUUCUGCCCCACAGAGUAUUGUGGCACUUUCUGUUACCCAAAUGUAUCUCAGUCUCCUUACUUAAGGACUGUGGGAGAAAAACUUCUACCAGGAAUUGAAGUACUUUGGACAGGUCCAAAAGUUGUUUCUAAAGAAAUUCCAGUGGAGUCCAUUGAAGAGGUUUCUAAGAUCAUUAAGAGGGCUCCAGUAAUUUGGGAUAACAUUCAUGCUAAUGAUUAUGAUCAGAAGAGACUGUUUCUGGGCCCAUACAAAGGAAGAUCCACAGAACUUAUCCCACGACUAAAAGGAGUCCUCACUAAUCCCAACUGUGAAUUUGAAGCCAACUAUGUCGCCAUCCACACUCUUGCCACCUGGUACAAGUCAAACAUGAAUGGAGUAAGAAAAGAUGUAGUGAUGACUGACAGUGAAGACAGUACUGUAUCAAUCCAGAUUAAGUUGGAAAAUGAAGGCAGUGAUGAAGAUAUCGAAACUGAUGUACUCUAUAGUCCACAGAUGGCUCUGAAGCUAGCUUUAACAGAGUGGUUGCAGGAGUUCGGUGUACCUCAUCAAUACAGCAGUAGGCAAGUUGCACACAGUGGAGCUAAAGCAAGUGUAGUGGAUGGGACUCCUUUAGUGGCAGCGCCUUCUUUAAAUGCUACAACGGUAGUCACAACAGUUUACCAGGAGCCCAUUAUGAGCCAAGGAGCAGCUUUGAAUAGUGACCCUUCCCCUCUGAGCAAGGAAGAAGAAAAGAAACAGCCAGAUGAGGAGCCCAUGGACAUGGCUGUAGAAAAACAAGAAGAAACAGACCACAAGAAUGAUAGUCAAAUACUAACUGAAAUUGUUGAAGCUAAAAUGGCAGAGGAAUUGAAGCCAAUGGACACUGAUAAAGAGAGCCUGGCGGAAUCAAAAUCCCCAGAGAUGUCUAUGCAGGAAGAUUGCAUCAGUGACAUUGCCCCCAUGCAGACUGAUGAGCAGACAAACAAGGAGCAGUUUGUGCCAGGUCCAAAUGAAAAGCCUUUGUACACGGCUGAGCCAGUGACUCUAGAGGACUUGCAGUUACUUGCCGAUUUGUUCUACCUUCCUUAUGAGCACGGACCCAAAGGAGCACAGAUGUUACGGGAGUUCCAGUGGCUCCGAGCAAAUAGCAGUGUUGUCAGUGUCAAUUGCAAAGGGAAAGACUCUGAAAAGAUUGAAGAAUGGCGAUCACGAGCAGCAAAAUUUGAAGAGAUGUGUGGACUUGUGAUGGGAAUGUUCACUCGGCUCUCCAACUGUGCCAACAGGACAAUCCUUUAUGACAUGUACUCCUAUGUUUGGGAUAUCAAGAGUAUAAUGUCUAUGGUGAAGUCUUUUGUACAGUGGUUAGGGUGUCGUAGUCAUUCUUCAGCACAGUUCUUAAUUGGAGACCAAGAACCCUGGGCCUUUAGAGGUGGUCUAGCAGGAGAGUUCCAGCGAUUGUUGCCAAUUGAUGGGGCAAAUGAUCUCUUUUUUCAACCACCCCCACUGACUCCUACCUCCAAAGUUUAUACUAUCAGACCAUAUUUUCCUAAAGAUGAGGCUUCCGUGUACAAGAUUUGCAGAGAAAUGUAUGAUGAUGGAGUGGGUUUACCAUUUCAAAGUCAGCCUGACCUCAUUGGAGACAAGUUAGUAGGAGGAUUGCUUUCCCUAAGCCUGGAUUACUGCUUUGUUCUAGAAGAUGAAGAUGGCAUAUGUGGUUAUGCUCUGGGGACUGUAGAUGUGACCCCUUUCAUUAAGAAAUGUAAAAUUUCCUGGAUUCCCUUCAUGCAGGAAAAAUAUACCAAGCCAAAUGGUGACAAAGAACUCUCUGAAGCUGAGAAAAUAAUGCUAAGUUUCCAUGAAGAACAGGAAGUGUUGCCCGAAACUUUCCUUGCCAACUUUCCUUCUCUGAUAAAAAUGGAUAUUCACAAAAAAGUAACUGACCCAAGUGUGGCCAAAAGCAUGAUGGCUUGCCUUCUGUCCUCACUGAAGGCUAAUGGCUCUCGGGGGGCGUUCUGUGAAGUGAGACCAGAUGAUAAAAGAAUUCUGGAGUUUUACAGCAAGUUAGGCUGUUUCGAAAUUGCAAAAAUGGAAGGAUUUCCGAAGGAUGUGGUUAUCCUUGGUCGGAGCCUGUGACAUUUGUUGGCACUGUGAACUGUCCAAAGGUCUCCUAACUCCACCUUGUGGGUGGUGGUUGGGGUCUUCAUACAGUUCAGCUUCUGAAGCGGCAACAAAUCAACUGAAUUGUAAACAAGGAGGACUGAGUAAACUUACCUAUCCCACCUGCAGACUCCUCAACUGUUUGAAAGAAGAUAGUAAUGCUGCAGCUACUGUAUGGAGCUGUGCUGGGGCCUCUUUCUGCAGCUUUGGAUCUUACUUGUUGUGUUAGGUGUCACCAGGACCACCUCCGUGGGUACAUGCAGGGAAGGGGGCUCCUUAAUAAAUGUAGUCAGCACUA